AAGGGCACUGUUAGCGAUGAAACGAUUUGUGUCUGUGUUUUGUAUUCGUGUAGCAGAGUAAAUUGCGCUUUGUCAAAUUUUAUAAACUGAAAUUUUAUGAUUUUGAAUUGUUUUAAUAAAACAGGACAGAUAAAAUACCUUUUAUGUUUUGAUUUUAACUUGAAAUAUAAGUUAUUCUAUUAUAAAUUAUGUAAGGGCGGCCAUAUAGGCUUAAAUUGGUUAGUUUUAUGAAAAUUCUAUGUAAAGACUUGUUGCUGUUUUUACAUUCUUUAAUAUAUAUUGAACAAGUUUAAAAUUAUAAUUCGAAUCCAUUUUGGAUUUUAUUUCUUCUCUCUCUGACUAACGAAAGGACAACUGUUUUGAACAGAUAUAUGUGACUAGUUUCAGAUGAUGUGGAAUAGAGUUGUUUUGACUUAUGAAAUAUAUUGUUGUUGACUUAAAAGUUCACAAGAACUCAUGAGUAGAACAACUCCAUCUCUUAGUCGCAGUCAUCCCAAAUCAUAUGACUAUCUUCUCAAGUUUUUACUAGUUGGAGAUAGUGAUGUAGGAAAACAAGAAAUCCUCAGUGGUUUGGAUGAUGGAUCUCAGGAAUCACCAUUUUGUGGUUCCUCUGGUGUUGCAUACAAAACGACCACAAUUCUUUUGGAUGGAAAACGUAUAAAACUUCAAUUGUGGGAAUCAUCUGGACAAGGAAGAUUCUCCACCAUCAUUCGUUCUUAUUCAAGAGGUGCACAAGGUAUAAUACUUGUCUACGAUAUCACCAAUAAAUGGUCAUUUGAUGGCAUUGAUCGAUGGUUGACAGAAGUCGAGGAGCAUGCUCCUGGUAUUCCAAAGAUCUUAAUUGGCAACAGACUUCACUUAGCUUUCAAAAGGCAAGUGAGUGAGGGCACUGCUGAAAGCUAUGCCCGGAAACACAGCAUGGUAUUUUUCGAAGUCAGCCCACUCUGUAAUUAUAACAUAACUGAAUCAUUUGUUGAACUGUCACGUAUGGCAUUGUUGAGAAAUGGCAUGGAAAGAUUGUGGCGAAGUAAUAGAGUUUUGUCACUCCAAGAGCUUUGUUGCCGAGCCAUAGUCGCCCGAACCACCGUCUACAGCAUUGAGCAGCUUCCUCUUCCCAUUCCCUUGAAGUCAUGUCUCAAAUCCUAUUCAAUGACCACAUACAAAUCCCGCCCUCACAUCCCCAACACACGGGACAAAUCCCUCAAGAAGACCAAACAGCUCCACCACCCCUGCGACUCGCUCACGUCCCAGUGUCGAAAGAGCUGCUCCAUAUCCUAGCUAAGUGUGUUCACUCCGACUGCUCAUUCAAAAAAGAUCAUGUUGCCAAUCUUUUUUUAGACUCUUAUCAAAAAGCAUAUCUCCUUUUUUUUAACAUUUAAGGAAAGAAAAAAAAAGGAAGUUUGAAUAAAAUGUGAUUUGUAAUUUAGUCUGCAGGAUUUUUUUUUCUAUCUGCAGUGAGAAAAAGAUGUUCAAUGUUUGUAAAAGUAGGUAAUUGUUGUGCUUUUCGAGCUGUAUAAAUGCUUCAUUGUGCUGUUUAAUUGUGACGUCAGAAUGUAUAGUAAUGAUAUUUUACAAUAAAAAUAUAUGAAGUGUUA